UGCGUUUCCUCCCCCUGGGCGUGACCUUGUGGUGAUGUGACGCAGCUCCGCCCGGCUAGUACAGCUAGGCUCUGUGAGGGAAGCGCAAAAUGGCGGACGGAGAGCUGAACGUGGACAGUCUCAUCAGCCGACUGCUGGAGGUGCGAGGAUGUCGCCCCGGGAAGAUUGUGCAGAUGACGGAGGCCGAGGUUCGGGGGCUCUGCAUAAAAUCCAGGGAAAUCUUCCUCAGUCAGCCCAUCCUGCUGGAACUGGAGGCGCCCCUCAAGAUUUGUGGUGACAUCCACGGGCAGUACACAGAUUUACUUCGGCUGUUUGAGUAUGGCGGUUUCCCCCCAGAAGCCAACUACCUCUUCCUGGGGGAUUACGUUGACAGAGGGAAGCAGUCACUGGAAACCAUUUGCCUGCUGCUGGCCUAUAAAAUCAAAUACCCCGAGAACUUCUUCCUGCUCAGAGGAAACCACGAGUGUGCAAGCAUCAACCGCAUCUAUGGCUUCUACGAUGAGUGCAAACGGAGGUUUAACAUAAAGCUGUGGAAGACCUUUACCGACUGCUUCAAUUGCCUGCCGAUUGCCGCCAUCGUGGACGAGAAGAUCUUCUGUUGCCACGGAGGUCUCUCCCCAGAUCUACAGUCUAUGGAACAGAUCCGCAGAAUCAUGAGGCCCACAGACGUCCCUGACACAGGUUUGCUCUGUGACCUCCUGUGGUCAGAUCCUGAUAAAGACGUGCAGGGCUGGGGCGAAAAUGACCGUGGUGUUUCCUUUACCUUCGGCGCAGAUGUGGUUAGCAAAUUCUUGAAUCGGCAUGACCUGGAUCUGAUAUGUCGAGCUCAUCAGGUAGUAGAGGACGGCUAUGAAUUCUUUGCCAAGCGGCAGCUGGUCACCCUGUUCUCUGCUCCAAAUUACUGCGGGGAGUUUGAUAAUGCUGGCGGCAUGAUGAGCGUGGAUGAAACCCUGAUGUGCUCCUUCCAGAUCCUAAAACCCUCAGAAAAGAAGGCAAAGUAUCAGUACGGGGGAUUGAACUCUGGGCGCCCAGUGACGCCUCCCCGGACAGCCAACCCUCCCAAGAAGAGGUGAAGAGCAUAUCCUGCCAAUGCUGAGACGGCAUCAGAUCCUACAUCAAGACAAACUCCACCUUAUAAUAAGUGUGCACUGUUAACAUCACCCAGCCAUUCUGACCCCCUUUAAAAUGUUGCACGCAUUUACCUUCACGAGACAGGUAAAAGGAUUCCAGAAAGUUCAUGUCCAAAUCCGCUUCAUGACCCCCCCCCCCCCUCCAAAAGAAACAAGUAUAUUAUGCACA